AUGAGUUUAGAAGUUUUGGUACAAGAAUUUAUAACUGUCAUAGACACUGACUGUAACAGCAAACAGAGUAUUGGAGCCAUUGUUGAUAUACUGUUGCAGAGGGAUAUUGAUGUGGUGAUCGGACCCCCGUGUGCUCAAGUUGUGGAACCAGUCGGAGAGUUAUUAGCCUACAGGGAUAUUCCAUUAAUGAACUGGGUGUCUCUGGGUCAAACCAUUUAUUACAAGGAAGAUCUGGAUACUUACAUCAGAACAAUGGCUACGAUUGCGACACUUGGGGACAUGAUGACAUUCUUUUACUACUACACCGGUUGGAGGAGACUGGUACUGAUUUCCAGUGACGGGGAUGAUUACAGAGGUGGGGCGGAAACCAUCGAAUCCGCACUAGCCAGAUCUUUUUGGGAUCCGUUCCUGGUAGUGCAUCAUUACAGUGACGUCAGGAUCAAUGCAUCCAUAGCACAAAUUGACCAGAUGUGGUCCAGCAUUAUCUUCGAAGCUAGAAUUAUUGUUCUGGUGAUACCACAGGACGAGUUGCGUACUUACAUGGUGCGGGCUCAUCUCAUGGGAAUGACAGGUGGGGAUUACCAGUUUCUAUAUGCUGAUACUCAGCCUGCAGACAGCGCAGCGUUGACCUAUAUUAACAGCGUCCAGCUUUGGAAACAAGGUGACCAGUAUGACGAGGCGGCACGACAGGCCUUCACAAAUGUUCUCUACUUUGGGCUUGGCCUAGAUUCUCGGAACGUUUCAGACUGGCAGAAUGAGGCAUACGAUGCAUACAACAACAUUUUCAGUGGCCGGACUGAUAUACCUGCACCAACAGAGCCGGAUCAGUUUUCUGCAUAUCUUCACGACACAAUCGUGUUGUAUGCCAGAGCCUUGAACGAUUCUCUAACCGGCGGCUCUGAUAGAAGCGGAAGUUCUAUCUAUCAGUAUGCGUCGUUUGUGUUAUUCAAAGGGUUAUCCGGGGACGUCGUGAUGGGCAACUUUGCUGACAGGCAACCUACAUUUUUCGUUUAUGACAUGGAUCUCUCUGGUAUAUUCCAAGAAGUUGCUAGGCUCCAGUUUGUCAUUAACGACAACGAAACAGCAUUUAACACGACUUGGCUGUACACAAAGAUUAUUUGGGGUGAUGGGAGAACCACCGAUGACCCUUAUAUGCCACCUGACACUCCACCUUGUGGAUUCUUUAACGAAAAUUGUCCACCCGAAUCUGAAGAAGAUAAUACAUUGGUAAUAGUUUUGUCUGUAUGUAUCCCGUUGGUCGUUGUGCUAAUGGUAGCAUUUCUUAUAUUUAGGUGGUGGAGGAGAGAACGUGCGCUACAGAACAUGUCGUGGAAAAUUAACUACUCUGACCUUAACUUCAACUUCCAGCACAAGAAGUUACAGUCAUCAUUUAUGCAAGCAUCAAGAGCUCUCAGCAGAAGUGCUGCAAGUGUUGACAGUACGAGCGUGUACGGAACUAUCCGAAGUGGUGCCACUUCCGCUCAGACCUCCAGACAUUCCGUAACUAGGGGACAAAUAUUUACAACUGUUGCUAUGUAUAAAGCAGAACUGGUUGCUGUGAAAUGGAGCGCAAAAAAGAAAAUUCAGACAGACCGGGCCUUUUUGUUGCACAUGAAAGAGAUGCACGAGUUAAAACAUGUAAAUCUAACCACGUUCGUCGGUCUCAGUAUAUCCCCGGAGAAAAUUUGCUGUAUCUGGGAAUAUUGUACAAAAGGCAGCAUCCAGGAUGUUAUAGAAAACGACGACAUACAUCUGGACACGAUGUUCAAGCUGUCUUUGGUUGUAGACAUAUGUCAGGGAUUAGAAUAUAUUCACAAGAGUAGCAUUCGUUACCAUGGUAACCUGAGAAGCUCUAACUGUGUUAUAGACAGUCGUUGGGUUUGCAAGCUGACAGAUUUCGGCAUGGAGAAGCUGAAACCACUACACGACACGGUCGAAAACCUUGGAGAGCAUGCUUUCUAUGCCAAACUAUUUUGGACGGCACCAGAAAUUUUACGAAAGAUUUUAAAGAAAGAAGUGUAUGAAAACACAAGUCAGGCGGAUGUUUACGCCACAGGUGUACUAAUCAAAGAAUUGCUGUGUAGAAAUGAACCAUAUUCUACACAUACCCAUCUGACGCCUAAAGAGAUAAUUAUAAAAGUCGCCAUACCUGAGGAUCCGGAUAAGCUGUUCAGACCGGCAAUAGCUGAUACUGAGCUGGACUCCGAGUACAGACGGACAAGCAUGCUUCUUCUUAUACACCGAUGUUGGGCCGAGGACCCGGAGUCUCGACCCAGUAUAAAGACUGCACUUAGAACACUGGACAAAAUAAAUCCAUACAAAAAAACCAGCGUAGUAGACAAUAUGAUUGCAAUGAUGGAAAAGUACACAAACAACUUGGAAGAGAUCGUUACCGAAAGAACGGAACAACUUCAAGAGGAGAAGUUGAAGACAGAUGCACUGUUGUACAGAAUGCUUCCUAGGAAAGUAGCGGAAGAUCUGAAGAUAGGGAGAGCUGUGCAGGCGGAGGCGUUUGAUUCUGUAACAAUAUACUUCUCUGAUAUUGUACGGUUCACUGAUCUCGCUAGUGAGAGCACCCCGCUAGAGAUAGUGGUCUUGCUGAAUGCCCUGUAUACACUCUUUGAUGAUAUCAUCAGUCACUAUGACGUGUAUAAGGUGGAGACAAUAGGAGAUGCCUACAUGAUAGUUAGUGGGUUGCCCGAGAAAAACGGGAACUUGCACGUGAAAGAGAUAGCAGGAGUUGCUCUUAACAUACUAGAAAGUGUAAUCACCUUUGAAAUACCGCAUAAGCCUGACAGACAGCUGCAAAUACGAAUAGGAUUACACACGGGUCCUGUGGUUACAGGGGUGGUAGGGUUGACGAUGCCACGGUAUUGUUUGUUUGGAGAUACUGUCAACACAGCCUCGAGAAUGGAAUCAAACGGAGAACCACUGAAGAUACAUAUCAGUCCAAGCACUCAAGAAGCAUUGAUGGAUUUCCCAGCAUUUGUGGUUGAAGACAGGGGAGAGAUUCCCAUAAAGGGCAAAGGAAUGAUGCGGACAUACUGGCUGUCGGGGCUAUAUAUUGCUGAUGACGACGUUUGCAUGGAAACUUUACCAACUGAUAAAUCUGCGCUUCAUAAGGAUAACUCGUUAGAAAACCUAAAAGAAAACGGUACUGAAGAUGACGAUUCCGAACUAGAAGAUGAUAAGGACGCUGGCAAACCUGGGCUAGGGAAGAUAAGUGUCGCGGAUUCUGGAAUUUGCAUGGAUAAAAGUAUAGGCAAAGAUGGAAAUACUCAUAAUAAUAAAAACAAUUCAGGUGAUAUUUAUUUUGAUAGUAACAACGCUGACAUAGCGACAACUACAAGACAUAAACCUGUUGCAGACGAAAAUAUAACUCGGGUAAUACAGAGCAAUAAUGAUUCUCCUAAAUAUUCUGAAAUAAUUGCUGAAAAGGUACCGACUUUGGAGGUAGUUUUAGGAUAUGAGGCCUCGGCAAUCCAUGAUGACUUCGAUGCAAAUACCUUGGAGCUGGCUAAUAAUGUAUCUAGUGAAAGAAUGGUCCCAGAAAAAAACAAAAGCAAAACCAGCAUAAGUGAUGUUCAAGUUCCGCAACUUGCGGACACAAGAAACAGUGAAAAUACAACUAUACGGUUCAAAGAAUAGCCUGUACUAACUUCGGCUAACCAGAACAAAUUGUUUCAUAAAAAAUCAAAAUAAGUAGUUCGAGACUGUUUACCUAAAUAGUUCUGUCCCCUACGGAUUUUGGGACUUAUUUUCCUUCGUCUGUUGUUCUCUUUGCAA